UAGCUCUGCUAUUGUUGCGUGAGGUUAUUGUCCAUGUUCCUCCUUUCCACGCCCCUUUCUCAAAAAAAAGGAUUGCAUGUGUGCAUUCAUUAUUUGCUUGGCAUCCAUCAAGCAUUCGAGCCUUCACAUAUGAGAACAGGGAGAGAGAGAGAGCUUUCUUUGUCGUCUUUCUUCCCUAUAAAUUGUCCCUCAAACCCUCCAUGCUUCCUUCCACUUGUACUCAAGCAUAUCCAGAGUUUGACGUGAUGCAUCCGGGCGAGGUCGCCAGCAUGCGUUGCCUCUCACCUUCGCUCCUUCCCUAUUUCAUGGCUGGCAACGGCAGCAGCCCAUGCUUCAACUUCACUGGCGGCGCUCGCUUUGGUUGCCACUCUCUGGACCAAGUCCAGAGCUUGCCGCCGUCGGUGCAGGAAUUUGGACGUCCAAACUCCGGCUCUCUGACAGCGGAGGAAGAGCAGAAGCUGAGCGCCGCGGAGGAGAGGAGGAAGCGGAGGAUGAUAUCCAACCGGGAGUCGGCGCGUCGCUCGAGAAUGAGGAAGAAGAGUCAGCUCACCGGGUUGUGGUCGCAGGUGGUGUGUCUCCGGUCGGCCAACUGCCGGCUUCUCGAUGACCUGAACCACGCCAUGAGAGAGCGCGACGAGGUCCUCCUCGAGAAUGACCAGCUCAGGGAACAGGAAAAAGAGCUGCAGAAGAAGCUCGACAGCCUGCAAGCACGAAACGACCAAGAAGAUCUUUGAACGAAGACACCGAUCGAGAGAAAUCAUCAGAUAGGAUUUUUGUGCUAUUAAUUUGCUCUCUUUUUUUUCUCUCUGAGAAUUCUAUCCGAUGUUAAUUAGCUAGGCGAAUCAGCAAACGACAAGUCUGGUCAUGGUGUUCAUCGAACAGAGGUCGCUAACGGGAGUGCAUUUGUUUUUGGAAAAUCAUGAAAUGCCAACGAAUAAUCUUUGAA